CAUGCAUCAAGACAUGCAGCAGAUGAAGCACUUCGUGCAGAUGCUGCAACAUUCGGGGUAUAUCCAGCAUGCGCCGGCACCCCAACAACCGCAGGCACAAGAACAAUUUGCUGGGUAUAUCCAGCAUGCGCCGGCACACCAACAAAACCUACAAACUGGUGAUACUACAUACAUAUCAAUGGAGCAGCGGCGGCUGGAGCGGCAGCGUGUAGGAGUAUGCCGCCAGCUGCGGCGCCAGGCGAACCUAAAUCGCGGUCGCGGCCAACGCGACCGUACUGGCGGCCUGGGUGGGCUGAGCGCGCUCAACUGCGGUGCAGGCCGCGGUACGGUCUGCGUAGUUUUGCCGCCUGGUGGAUGUAUUUGCGGGCGGCACACGAACUAUUACUACUACUAA